AUGAGAGCUGAAAUUCUGAAAAUAGAUUCGUACCAAACUAUGCAAAUCAUACAAGUCUAUGGUAGCUGUCUCAUUCACUAUUUGGCCAAUAUUGGUCUUACAUGCAUUCUGUCAUCCAGUAGACUUGCGGUCUAUCGUAUUCCUUUCCUGAUAUGGCAUCUGUAUUUGUCAUUUUUGCCACGUCUAACAAACACCUCACUGGCUAGCUGUCGUUGUGUCCAGUUUAAUUCUACCGGUAUUUUCCAGUCACCAGACUUCCCAAAAGCUCCAUUAUCAUUAUCAUCAUCGGUAUUAUCUCCAUCAUCAGUGAUUCUGCAGCACCAAUUUUUAUGUUUACUGUACAAAUUUAUAGCUCCUGAUGGAUACAUUAUUGAAUUGACUUUUGAUUACUUUCACCUUUCACCACGAACCGACCGAUGUAAUGAUUAUUUAAGGUUAUUUGAUGGUACACCCGAUGGACUGAUCGAUGAAAGGACCGCUUAUAACGGUGAAUUCUGUGCCAGAGAGAUCGAAGUUGGGCAAACAUUCUAUUCUCACACGAGGUAUCUUAUAUUCCACGUGCAAUUAUCUGGUACUUCCAAAGGUUUUCAUGGUACUUAUAGUCUUAUUCCCAAAGGACGAUUCCUUUCGAAUGCCAUUGAAAUACAUCCAUGUAAUUUCCAUGUUGAUGCUUUGGUUGGUAAUAUAUUCUCGCCUAACUAUCCAUAUUUUUAUCCAACCAACACCAAUUGUACAUACUAUUUGGCGCCUCGUCAAGGGUUUAGCUUGAUGAUUUCCUUGGAAUAUGUUAAUUUGAGACGUUAUGCUUGCCAUGAAGACUUUAUUGACAUCUACCAGAUGCAUCCAAAAGUCCAUCUCGAAAAACUCUGUUACGAUUCGGUGCCACCAUACCAAAUUCGCACAAAGCGUGGAUAUAUCAUUGAAUUUUACAGUGGUAACAACGACAUAGUACGAG